UGAAAAUUUAAGGCGAUUCUUUCGAUUUAUGAUUUCAUUAGCGAUUUGUUGGGACACACAAUGGUAAUGGUAUCGAGGUUGAUGCAAGCAGACCGAUGUGACCGGAACAUUGCGAGUAGAACGAUCAUCACAGCGUCACGCAACUUGGUGAGGUCGCUGUCAAGGUCGUCACGUGUACUAACUAUUAUCACCACCACCCUCGCCACUUGAAUGUUACGUCGGAUCGACGGGUUCGGGGUGGUCGAAGAUCACAGCGGAUUCUUUCAGUGGUUGUUCGCUGGUCACCACCUUCGUGAGGUUAAUUCUGGCGGGUCCUAAACGAGGACAAUCCGCCGGUUAGCCGGUUUCGUGGGGGUAGAUGGCUAACGGAAGCGGCAGGUGGUGGUUCCUGGAUUGCACAGCGUAGGGGAUGUCGCGUCCUGGUGGUAAGACCUAUCUGAACCUGUGGCGUGAAUUCCUGGCCUACAACUCGACCGCCAGGAGAUUUGGCUUAAAUCGGCGUCUGGGAAAACCCGGGAUGAAUGUUUCCACGGUGUUUCCUGAAGGAUACGUGGAAAAUGAUCGAGUGCAGCGGCAUACAUCAUCGAUGCCCAAGGAGGACGAGGACAGAUCCGCUCAGGAACGACAUCGACGUAUGAAGGAGUUCGUUGGCCUGGAGGAGGUCACCAAGCUCGAUUUUCUCGUGAUGCUGUUCGCCGAGAUCCUGGGCACGUUUCUGCUGGUCCUUCUAGGUUGCGCUUCUUGCAUUUCAUGGAUAAGCACGUCGCCGCCGACUGUUUUGCACAUCGCAUUCACCUUCGGUUUGGCAGUGACAAGUUUAGUACAGGUUCUAGGUCCGAUUUCUGGCUGUCACAUAAACCCAGCUGUGUCAGUCGGUCUGUUAGUCAGCGGAAAUUGCAGUUUUCUCAAAACCAUCUGUUAUACAGUCUGUCAGUGCUGCGGCGCUAUAGCGGGUUCUGUUGUUCUUAAGCUGCUUUUACCUAAAACGCAAGUCGCCCAUGGCCUAGGCGCCACCGCGUUACACCGUGAAGUGACUGAAGCUCAGGGCGUAGGAGUGGAAAUAAUCAUCACGUUCCUGCUGGUGCUCGUCGUGCACGCCGUCACGGAUCCCAAGAGGACCGACGUGAAGGGUUGGGCCCCACUUGCGAUCGGCUUGGCGAUCGCGGUAGCUCAUAUGGCGGCGGUGCCCAUCACCGGUAGCAGCAUGAAUCCAGCUAGGAGUCUGGGUCCGGCCGUGGUGGACGACAAGUACAAAGAUCUGUGGAUCUACUGGGUGGGUCCACUCAUCGGCGCCGCUGUAGCCGGUGGCGUGUAUAGAAUGGGCCUCAAAGCCAACAAAGAGGACGAGGAGGGUUCGUAUGACUUUUAAAAACGACCUCUGAAUCCUACGGACGCGCAAGAUGAGCUCUAACAAUAAUAUCCUGCGAAGAUCGAAGAUUUCCCGAGUGUAAAUAAAGAAGUAGAAUUGUGAGGAUAACGACGCGAAGAUCGCGAAACGAUUACGUGACCUUCGUUCGUUGUAUUUAACAAGAUCAUGUUCGCGAAGAAAUACGAUUUGUAGGAUAGAUUUCUAAGUGGAAUUAAACGCUGCGAAUUAAAAGAGAUCGAAUUGUUAGAUUCGACGUAUUCAGGAAGGAAGAUUAUUUCGGUCAAAAUUAUUUUGUGUAAAUCUAUUAAACAUUUUACCUUUUCUUUAUAUUCUAUUUUAUCUGGAAACGUAUUAUUUAUAUCAUUUACAUUCAAUAUCAGAUGGUGCUGUCUAGAUGUUUGUUUUUGUCUAGAGUCUUUUUUUUAUUCAACAGAUUUAAACCAGAAAAAGCCACUUAAGCCUAUUCUACAGUGUACUCUUUGUUUCCUGUUUCUUGCUCUUUAUCUCUUGCUUUUUCCCCCUUUAUAACUGUUUUAUCGAUAAUUGUAUUGCUACGUGUUUCCUAUUUCUUCCGAAGUUCAAUAACUUUUAUUUCGGGUGACAUAAAAUAAAAAACCGGAUAAGAAGCAAAAA